ACAGCUCUGUACGUGCACGGCCUAUACAGUAACUAGGAGUAUGAGUUUUUGACUCAGAGUUUUGAUGUCGAGCUGUUGCUAUGAUCUUGAUAAGCAGUGGUGCAGAAGCUGAACUCACUCACAGAUAAAGUCAUUUAGCAGCCAGCAGUCUUGUCAGGACAUUAACAAGCAUGUAAAAACCGGAGCGCCGGAAUUCUGGAAGCAUUUCCCCUCAGGCAGGCAGAUGCUGUGGUCUUACUGGAACUGGUGUUGCAUCACCACUGAGAGUGCACACCCGCUGUCUUCACUCGGGUCCUCACGUAUCGGUUGUCUGAGUUCAACAGCCGCCCACGCGUUGGUUGCCGCCCACGCCAGGAUUUGCGUCACGCUGAAGCGUGGGAGUGCGAGAGCGAUGUAGAGACAGCGGAAUAUCCCAGCUCAGGCAGAAGAGGUGGAGGGGGCAGUAGACAGCACCGGUGUCGGUCACGGCUACCUUCACACACACUCACACACGCGCGCGCAAUUUACAGUGAGCAGAAGUCAAGGCAAAGAAGUGGAAGGGCGCGCGUCUGCAGAGGGAAACGAGUCGGCUACUCGGACGGCGACUGCAACCCUCCACUUGAGAAUCUUGACAGAUAUACCCAACCACCACACACAGAGGCACACACACACACACACACACACACACACACACACACUCUCUCUCUCUCUCUCUCUCUCUCUGUGGCUCUCUGUGCUGUGAGAUGUCUGCAGCCCUGCUGAGGACCCUGGGGGAGCUGCAGCUCUACCGCAUCCUGCAGCGGGCCAACCUGCUGGCCUACUACGACGCCUUCAUCCAGCAGGGCGGCGAUGACGUGCAGCAGCUGUGCGAGGCCGGCGAGGACGAGUUCCUGGAGAUCAUGGCGCUAGUGGGCAUGGCCAGCAAGCCCCUGCACGUGCGCCGGCUGCAGAAGGCCCUCCGCGACUGGGUGACCAAUCCGACGCUCUUCAACCAGCCGCUGGCCUCCCUGCCCGUGAGCAGCAUCCCCGUCUACAAGCUGCCCGAGGGGGGGGCACGCAGCCCACACAGCCCGAGAAGUCCACUCCUGGGCAAUGGGAAUGGAAGCAGUGGUGGCAGUGGUGGUCGGGAUGGCCACACGCUCCGCGUGCCCAAAGCGUUGCUGGGCAACGCCUGUCUGGACGGCAGCAGAGAGGGCACUCCGGUGCCGGGCUCGCCCCUGCAGACUAGCGCCGGCGGCGGCGGCGAGAGUGGACGCUACUGGCUCGGCGGCGGCCACGCCAACGACAGCGAGCCCAGCCUGUCGCCGUGCGAGGCCACGUCGCCCUGCUCGCCGCGGGACGCCCUCGAAGCGUUGGAUGCGGCCGCGGUGCAGUCGGUGACGGAGUGCGUGGAGAGGAUCGCCCAGGAGCUGCCCCGCAGUGACCUCACGGAGGUCAGGGAGCAGGUGAGGAGCAACAAGAAGCUGGCCAAGAUGAUCGGGCACAUCUUCGAAAUGAGCGACGACGACCCGCGCCGAGAGGAGGAGAUUCGCAAAUACAGCGCCAUCUACGGGCGCUUCGACUCCAAGAGACGAGACGGAAAACAUCUCACUCUGCAUGAGCUCACAGUGAACGAGGCCGCGGCACAGUUAUGUAUGAAGGACUGUUCCCUGCUGACCAGGAGGGACGAGCUGUUUGGUUUGGCACGGCAGGUGUCCCGGGAGGUCACCUACAAAUACACCUACAGGACCUGCAAAUCCCGGUGUGGUGAUGAACCCUCUCCAAAAAGAAUCAAAUCUGAGGAGGGGUACUUUGACCUGCAGGAGGCGCUCCAGGCCAUCUACAUGCGGCAGGAGACUCUGAGGGAGCAGCUGGCCUGUGCCAAGACCAAAGGAGAAGAGGUGCUCAUCAGGAACCUACAGAUGCAGCUGGAGCGUCUGCUGGGCAGACAGAUGGAGAUCCUCCGGGAUGCGGCGGCCCAAGACCGUCUCCAGGCGCUGGACUGGAAGAUUCCAGCCGUAGCUAUCAAGCACCUCGCGGCCCGGCAGCACGCCAACACUGUCUCACCCGACAACUGCCGUGAACAACCAGGUGAUAGACCCUUGAAUCUGCGUGUGUCCAAUCCAGGGGAAGGGGACAUUCCACUCGGCAGGCAGCUAGCCAAUGAGCUGAAGCGACAUCAUAAUCACAUCUCCGAGGAGACCAGGAAGCAGGGAGCAGAAAAUGGACAUCAGAAGUUCAGUCUUGUGGAGAAAACGGUCAUAAAGUCAGAGCCAGAGGACUCCAGAUAGUGUCUUUGUCCCUAACUGUCAUCCCAUCACAGUUUAUGUUGUAGGGUUAACCCAAGGUCACACACUGCCCUUUGUCCAUCGAUACCCAGCACAGGAAUAUUACAGCACUGCCUUAACAGCCAACAAUGCCUAAAAUAUAUAUUUAUUUUUCCUUUCUUUUAUUUGUAUUUUUUUAGUUUUCCCAAAGCGCCUACACCUCCAGUGAAACCUGAGAUAGACAGAGUACUGAUGUCGUUGAUGGCAGUUAUGUUUUGAAUGAGUCCAUUUGUACAUAUUGUUUUUCUUUUCAUUGGUUUUCUAAUAUAUGUUAUUUAAGAACGCUUCACCUUCAUAAAAAAGGAAACAUUUGUUCUUUGUAUGUACUGUAAAACAAAGCCUUCUUUGCUUUAUUUAAUUAUGUGAUGGACAAUAAGACCAAAAAGGCGAGAUAAAUUAUUUUGUUAUAAUGCAGUGGUUAAAACUGAAUGGUCUUCAGUGUGAGGAAGAGGAGGACACAGGGGCAGGUGAUUAAGAACUCAGUGACAUCCUAAACCCAGCUCUCUUUCUGACAGGGGGGUGUGGGUUGGGUCAUUUGUCUCGCAGCAUCAAACCUUAGGGGCCCCAAUUUCACUGACUGGCAACAGGCAACAAGGAAAGAGUUCCAAUCAAAGGCCACUGGACAUGAAGUGAAUUAGAUUCCAUAACAUAAUUUGGCCAAAAAAAAAACAUUUGACUAACUUAAUACCAUAAAUGUAAACAUGGGGGGGUCAAUACAAGGCUCCCACACGCCAUGGGAUACAACAACAGUUUAGCUCACGCACACGCACAGACUUUGCUCGUUGCAUGUUGCGUGUCACUGAAAUCAGGUCCCUGUAGGUGUUCAUAUGGAAAAGGAGGGUAUGACCAUUACAGUGUCCUUAGAAAAAGUGUUGUCAGUGUGCCAAAAUAUACCAAAUACAGUAUUUUGUCACUUUGAAGUCAAGCUUUGUAGUUUGGGUGUUUGGCUUGUUGUACGGUACCUUUAUGUCAAUCAACAUUACUAGUCUUAGAAACUCUUGGUGUGUCAGGCGUUUUUUGCACUCCUCGUUUUAAGCGUCCUUUUGUUAUUAAAUUUAGAUGAGUAAUGAUUGUCUCAUUUACAAAUUCAUACAUUUUCACUAGGAAAUCUCAGUAGACAAGUUAAUGAUAUUGUGUCAUUGUUCUAUAUCUAAGCUGUAUGUUUUUUGGAUUCUACCAUUGUCUUGUGAGUUGAAACAGUUCUGCCUCCAACCUUGGCGGUCACAGACAGCUCCCCUCUGCACUCUUUCUGAGUGCUUUCAGGGACUUUGUGUUUUGCACUACUAGUUUCUCUCCUCAAUAUUUCUAACACAUAAUGUAAUUCUCCCUUAAUAUUUCUGAACUCAGAUUAAGUCAGUCAUCGAUGUUUAUGAAUUUAGAUAAAGUCACUCUGCAACCUUUCAUUGGUGUAUCCCAUCCUCAUUUGUAAAAAUAAAAACACACAUACACACACACUCACACUCACACACACACACAAGGAAUAUCUUUUUUUAUAGAUAAAUGCAUCAUUGUAUUGUAAUGGUGAAACAAUCCAUUCAUACUCGUAGAAAACCAGUCCAGAUGGUGGUGAACUGGUCAAUCAAAAUGUAAAAUACAUCGCUGCUCAUCAAUCUUAUGGUAACGAUGUGUUUGUAGUCCUCAUCAGUUCACCUGUGCUGCAGCUGCCUUUGGUUUACACAAGUCACCCACCAUAUGGCUGUUUGCACAGUGUGUGUUUCACUGCAAUCCUCCAGAUGUUCUCCUUGUUGUGUCAAGAGGGAGGAUAUGUAAGGAUAGUUGUUAGCCAUUGAACUGUAGACCAUUGAACGUCAUUGUUGUUUGGUUGUUGUAAGUGACCGAUUAGGGUAUGUUUGCAUAGUCGUGCACAUUAUUUUUGUUUUUGUAAACACUAAUAUAUUUUAUUUGUUUAACAGCACAUAGAUAUUAAAGUUUAUUUUUGAGACCA